AUGUCUGCUGCGUCCACUCCUGCCGUUCCGCCUCUGGGCAAAUACCUUGCAUCUUCAGAAAAGAAAACACGGGACAAAGCCGUAAAAAACCUUGCUGUUUUCCUGUCCAGUGACUCCGAAAAUGUAUUGCCUGAUCUUGAAAUGGCUAAGCUAUGGAAGGGCAUCUUCUACUGUUUCUGGAUGUCAGACAAACCACUCGUACAGCAGGCACUAGCGGGGGAGCUAGCGGAGCUCAUACUUACGAUCACUGACGUACCUUCGUCACUCAAUUUUCUGCGAGGUUUUUGGACAAUGACGGUUAGAGAAUGGAAUGGGAUCGAUCGUCUUCGUAUGGAUAAGUACUACAUGCUCGUCAGGAAGUUCGUGAAUGCAAGCUUCAGAUUGCUUGUGCGGACAAAAUGGGACAGUGCCACUGUUGAGGAGCACAACUCAAUAUUAUCUGGCCCCAACGGACCGCUAUGUCCCAACGAUAUACGCGUGCCAGCCAGUCUUGCAUUCCACUUAUCGGAAAUAUACCUCGAGGAGCUUGAAAAAGCGCUAACAAGCUCGGAGUCACCACCUCCAGUCCCACUGUCCACGCUGCUGUCGCCUUUCAUUACCCUCGCCGCACGAACGCCCACAAACACGACCUACAAAUACAUUCAAUCGUCGUUGUUUGAGCCAUUGCGUAAUUCACUGAAAUCAUCAUCGGGUCCUCCAAGCCGCAAGAAAGCACGCACAUCAUCUUCUGAUUACUCAGAACUACUGGGCAACGUCUGCGCCUCUAGCUCAGACAGUGAUCAAGCAAUGGAUGUAGAUGCUGUGCGUAAGUCGAUAUUACAAAAGAUAUUCGAUGUCGCAAGCGAAACAGAAACCCGGGAUGCAAAUCGACGGAGAAUGUACGCGUUCUAUAAGGAUGCGGUGGAAGAUGAUGAGGAUGAGGACAGUGCUGGAUAA